AUGGAGUCGGAUGCCCUGGAGAAAGACAUGUGGAAUGUCUUACUGAGAUAUGGUUUGGACAGGAGAAAACUUGCAGUUUUCAGUUCAGAUGAAGCAUCAGCGAUUGCACAUCAGAUUUGCGAUGAUCUGGGUCUUAUUUGUGAACAUGUUCAUGAGGAGAUUGUUUCAGGCUGGUUAGGUACUGUUUCUCAGUCGGAGCCUUAUCAGAAACGUCUACGUGGAGAACAUCAGCAUGAUCCUUUGCAUGUUGGAAGCAUUUUGCAGUCCAGUUUCACAAGGAAAUCAACAGCGACAGGUUUGACCGGUGCCUUAGGCAGCUCAAACAGUGAUGCAAGUUGGAUUCCAAUUAGUAGGAGGCAAAGGGUUACUGCUGAGCAGACGUUGGCAAAACAUAACCAUGAGGAGACUCAGAAGGAGAAAUGGGCAAAGGAACUCUAUUUGGAACUGUUAAAAAUUAAUGCACCUGUUUUGAAUGGUAUGGAAGUUUGUGUUAAUCAGGAACGCAUUCAUGUGGCUAUAGCUGGCAAGACACGUGCAAGCACUUUGAAGCGUUACGUCAAGGCUUGGAAGGACUGGCAGUCAUGGAAGCAUUUGACAUGGGGAGCUGAUUCUUUUGUACACCCUGGCAUGUUCUGUGAAUACCUUUUUACACGUUUCGAUGAACCCUGUGGUGCCACUAUUCCAAAUUUCAUUUGCAAAGCAGUUGCAUGGUUUGAGAAAACAGCUGGUUUGCCGGAGUCAGAAGUUGUUGCAACUACAAAGGCAGUUUGUCAGAUCAGGGAUUACAUAACUGAGAAGUUGGCAGCAGACACCCCGCCCAUCAGAAGGGCUCCACGGUAUCCGGCAGUGGCAGUCGAGUCCUUGGAGAUGGCUGUCAUGGACACGGAACAGACAGUUGGAUUCAGGGUCAUUGCAUGGGUGAAAUUGUUGAAGAUUUGGGGGGCACUUCGUUUUGAUGAUAUGCAGAAAAUCAAACCUGCUGAACUUCAUUUUACAGGACUGUAUGAUUUCAGUCCUAUUUUCCCUGAAGAACUGGCGUCUUUUUGGACAGAGCACAGCGAGAGGGCAACACUGCCUACAGCCUUGGCUAUGCUUGGAGUCGAGACCUCAAAGCGGGAUCUGGUAGGCAGAUGGAAACCAGAUGCAAGUGAUACAUAUGUGCGGUCAUACAAUGGUUUGGUGUCUCAACUUCAAGGAUUGUAUGGAAAAGCAAUGAGGAAACCACAUCGUUUUAAAACUCUGGAUGAAAUUGAUGUGGCAGAGAGUGCAGAUGCAUGGCUUCGGAACAGAAAAACGGAAAUUGCUGAAGAGGAGCGCAGUGAACUGGUCAGCAAGUUAAUGUUGGCAAUGGAUUCUUUUGCAUCAGAUGGCACCUGGGAGCAUCCAGCAGAACAACCUCCUGAAGGAACCGAGGGGGACGUCUUGGAAGAGGUUCAGGCGCAUUUCUUCGAGAAUGGUGUGGUGACGGUGAACAAAUUUUCAUCCUUUUUCAGGGAUGAGCAGGAUUUGAUAGAGGUUUUGCGCACCGAGUUCAACAUCGAUGCAGCAGCUUCACUGGCAGAAAGGGCACAGGUGGCAUCGGUUAUUUGCUCAUGGAAAGAUACUCUUACAAAAGCCAAGCGACAAGCGGAGGUGGAAGCUGAGAUGAGUACAAGGGAAUGGACUAAACCCAUUCCAGUGGGAGACUACGUCCAACUCAGGAAUUUCUUCCAAACAACUGUUGGACACGUGGAAGAUCGAGUCAUGCCUUCGAAAGAAUACCUUGAGAAAAAGCUGCAAGAACUGGAAAAUGGUGAAUUUCGUGCAGAGACGCUUGCAGAAGUGGUUUCAAAGGAUGAAAUCGACCCGGACGUUUUAGUCCCGAUCUUCGACAGCAAAGGAAGCCUUUCAGUCAAGAAAGGAAGCACCAAUGUACCGCUUCCGACAGGGCCAGAGCAGCUUCGCAGGAGGCUAAAUGUGAUGCAGAACUGUUUGAUGAUGUUGGCUCUCAAGCAUGUGAAUAGAGAAGAGAUACAAGAUGUUAGCAAAGAGGUCUUCGAUAAGUACAAGGACUACAUCUUGGGCGACUAUGUUUGGGGGCUCAGCUCAACGGAUCUGAAUGGUCAACAGAUUCAGACGCCACCAUGGAGCCUGGUAUUAUCAUAUGAGCAUGCAAUCAGAAAGCGUGCCUACACGUUGAUGCAGACGGAGAGGCUCAUGAUUGGGGCGGCUUUGGAAAAGGCAUGGAAAUGCCCUACCACGAAAGAGCGGCAUUUCAUUACACCGUUGGCACUGUAUUCAAAGAGAUCAUACACCCCGGGUACAAGCUCAACAAGCCCAGGGACAUGGAACCCGAAAGGAAAAGGAAAAGGCAAGAGCAAGACAAAGGGUCCACAGAAAGGAUCUGGACAGAGUCCCAAUGGUGAGAAGAUAUGCUACAGGUUCAAUGCGGGCAAGUGCAGUUAUCAGAAGUGCAAGUUUGCGCACCUUUGCAGCAAAUGUUUUGCAAAGGGCCACAACGCGUUGAAUUGCAAGGAGAAGCCAACGCCUGUAUGCAAGUUGGUACAAGACAUGGAUACAAUUGUCAUCUUUGAGAAUCCGGAGGAUCUAGGUGAAGAGGGCUGUAAACUGGUGAAAAACGAUGCCUUGUCAUCCCAACUGGUACAAUUGUGGUGCGACAGACUUCAUGGAGAAGGUUACAACACAGAGAACAUUCAACAUGUUGCGGAAGGGCAGCCCUUCAAAUUGCGACUGAUGGAAGCCUUACUGGAUAGGGCUGGGGACCCUGACCACAAAUUUCUUCUGCAGGGAGAAAGCGGCUAUCCGGUUGGGGUGUUACAUCCCCUACCAAGGACGCCACAUAUGUACGAGGAGCAGACUUCAUGGAAGCUGGAAGAUGACCCCUAUAUGAAAGCAGAGAUAUGGAGAAACAACUACGAUUCGGUGGGUGACCAUGAAGAAUUUGUAAGGGAACAUUUUGCAGAAGAGUGCAAAGAAGGCUUGAUGGAGAAACUAACUUUGGAACAAGCACAUGAGAGGUUUGGUUCGAAGGUGGCAAUUUCUUCGCUUGCAGUCUUGGUGGAGGAAUCUCAUGGAAAUAAGAAACGCAUCAUCCACGAUGCGACACACGGGACGAAGGUGAACAAUCGUCGCACAACAUCAAAGGAGAUGGAACAAGGACUUGGCCGAUUGGGCUUCGCAGCGAACGCCUUGACAUGGGAGAGGCCCUUCUUGGGGCCAUUAUAUGCCUGGUCUGCAGCAGUGAGGACAAAGAAAGGUCUCUUGAAGAUACCGGCAAUGUUACGUACAAUUUUUUGGUUUCUGGCUAAAAGAACUCGAGAUGGGGGCAGCCUACAAGAGCCAACUCCCAUCCGAACUGAUAAUGAAGCGGAUCUCGUUUUCUUUACAGAUGCAAAGGCUACAGAGCAGGGUGCUUGGAUAGGAGGCUUCUUGCAAUCAAAGGAAGGUAGCAUAAUUUCGUGGUUCUCAGAAGAGGUGCAAGAAAGCUGGGCGCCGUGGCUUUUUGUUCGUAAAGACCCAAAACGGGUAAUAGCAGCUUUGGAACUAUUGGCUACGUUGGUGGCUGUCAGACUUUGGGCAAAUGGAUUACAGAGAGGUGGCAAGGGCCGGUGUUGGGUGAGAGCUGGUACAGAUAACCAAGGAAAUUCUUAUGCAGUCAGCCGGUUGAUGAGUACAAAAUAUCCACUCACGGUGCUGAUCAUGGAGCUCUCAGAGACCCUUCGUGCCCGGAAUUGCGAACUAGAUCUUCGAUGGAUUCCGAGAGAGAAAAACCAACUUGCAGACGAUUUGACAAAUCAGGUUUUCACGAAAUUUCCCAUGGAUUGCCAUGUGCAGUUUGUUGGUGGGGACACCAAAUGGUUGGUCCUCAGUGAACUUAUGGAAAAGGCCAAUGAGUUUCACAUGGAGCUGGCAGCGGAGAAGAAACGUAAGGUCGCCGAGCCGGUAAAGACAAGGAAGGCCAAAAAGCAAAAGCUUUUGGAGCCGUGGUGA